AUGUGUCCCGGCACUUUGGUACUUAAAGAAAGUUUACAUUUAUUGUUUGAUAAUAAUGCCAUAUAUUAUAUAACAUUUAAACAAUGGAUGGCGGCAGACCGUACCACCCUCGAAACGUUAACUAAGUCCGCCAGCGAAUUUGUGGAGUAUUUGAUUGAAAAAUUAAAUAUUUUAAUUCCUCAUGCAUUUAUUUCUUCGGAACAAUCUUCAUUUUUUAAGUCAUUAAAAUCGAAUUUGAAGGAUGAGGAAUAUCUAAUAAUAUCCGAUUUUGCAGAGAACUACGCUUUUGUAGUUCAAGAUCACGCUCAAGGCUUCCAUUGGACUAAUAAUCAGGCAACACUUCAUCCAUUUAUGAUUUAUUACUGCGAAAGAGGUACCAUCAAACAUAUAAGUUACAAUCCGGACAAAAUCGAACAUAAAAAAUGUCUAAGUGAUUUUUGUGAUUGUUACGUGGAUAAUAAUGUAAGUUACUUUAAGUGUAGAAAUUUCGGUAAUAUCUCCAUUUUACAAAGUUCUUUCCUCAAGGAAAGCCUGAAAUCAUCCGGUGUCGAUAUAAGGGAAACAUCCUAUGUAAUCAUCGAACAUUCAAAUUUGGGCCCUAUACUGGGUGGUUUAAAUUUCAGCAUCAAUACAAAGGUUCGCAUUUUGUUUAUGAAUUUUUGCAAAAUAACGGCAGUCAGUGAAAAUGCAUUUAAUUUAUUAAUCCAUUUAACAAGACUAAAAAUGGGAAACAAUUUUAUAAAAAGUAUACCAUUCAACUUGUUUUAUCCUUUGCCUAAUUUGACCCAACUGUCUUUAGAACAUAAUAAUAUAACUGAGAUGUACAGUAGAUAUUUCGAAAAAAACAAGGAUUUAGAGGUCCUCGAUAUAUCUCAUAAUCCGAUUGAGCGCAUUUCUUUACAUUCCCACGAAUUGGGCCCAUCGAUAAGGGAAAUACAUGCAACAGAUAUAGAUUUAACAUACGAUACAUUAUUUAAUUUGACUGUGAGUUCUGAUAUAAAAGCUUUAUUUAUUGAUGGCAACAAUGUGGGGUUUUUCCCCGUAAAAUAUAUAAACAUCGCUGAGAAAUUAACGGGAUUUUCAUUAGAAGACAACCCCUUGAGUUGCUCCUGUUUUAAUAAGCCAACAUUUACUUGGUUGAAUUCAUGGGCGACUUGGUUAACUAAGGUAAGUGGUACUCAAACAAUCCAUAAAGCUGUCAGUUUAUCUGAUUUGAACAUCACUCAAUGUUAUUAUCCGGAGGAAUACCGCGGUAGAUAUAUAACGAGCUUGAAUCCCAAAGAAAUGGAUACUUGGUGCUUAGAUUACUGCAAUGUAAGACCUCCAUGUUCGUGCCAAUCUACUCCAUUCAAUGAUACUCUGUCGAUUAAUUGUAUAUACGCCCGUUAUAAUCAACUGAAGAAUACCGGCCUGCUUAAUGUUAAAUUUAACAAGACUUAUAUUUAUAUGGAUCAUAUCUAUUUCAUCAAUAAUUCACUUGAUAUGGGUUUAUUCGAAAAUAUGAAUCCCUUAAAGUUGUUAAUAUACCACUCGAAUAUAGAUCACCUAUCAUCAAAUACAAUCUCGAAAGUUAAAGAAGUACAAAUUUUAUCACUCUUUAACGAUGGAAUAAAUUACAUCAAGGAAGACGCAUUUAUCGGCGGCGCUAAGUUAGUCAUGAUAAAUUUAAAAUCAAAUAAAAUUACAGAAAUAGCGAGAAAUACUUUUUCUAAAGAUCGACUUCCAAAACUUCAGAUGAUUGAUAUUUCUUUCAAUCAAAUAUUAAGUAUGGAGAAUAUUGCGCUCGGCUCUCAGAUAAUAUUCAUAAAUUUAAUCAGUAACAACAUAAACAAAUUAGCGCUCCCCACCUUUAAAUCCAUAAGCAAUCUCAAAGCAUUAUUUAUAGGUGAAAAUAAUAUAAGCUGCGAUUGCCAAUUUUACAGUGUUUUGUCUUUUAUAAGCAAGUCAGUUCAUUUUUCCAAUACUCCCACCGAAACCGAAAUGUCUGAUAUCUGCUGCAUUCUUUGCAAAGAUAAAAAUCUAACUAUGAAUGAUUUCUACUAUAAGGAAAAAAAAACUAAGCAUUGCGAAAAUAUGAUUAGAUCGAAUAUGAGUGGGUAUGGAAUUCAAACUGAAAAUCUUUAUCAAAAUUCGUCGGACAGUUUAUUUGAGGUUAAAGACACAGCCACAGAUUCACCAGUUGACAAGAAACCUAAGGAUGCCCUCGUAUUAAUGAUAAUAAUAUCGUCGAUAGUUUUGAUCGUCAUAACUCUAAUCGUAACUUUAUUCUACUACAAAUUAUUUUUAGCUAGGAAAGAAAUUAUUAAAGCCGUACCUAUCCCAGUUCAUCAUGAAAAACCAAUGGAAGUUGGACAUCCUCAUCAUGGAACAAGACAUUCGAAAGAAAUCAAAGAUGAUAUUAAGCUUCCCAAGGAAUAUUUUGAUUAUAAAAAUUUUUUGGACUCCGCAUCCAAUCAACAAUUGAAAUAA